CCAUGUAUAAAUCCCUUUAAAACUACUUUGGCACCAAAAUUAGCCUCUUGAGUGAAAAUGGUUUCAUUCUCUUUUGAGGGAAGAAGAGCCAAACAUUGCUACGCAAGAUGUGGGAUAAUGUUGCUUUACUUUUUUCUACUUCCACACAAAACUUAUCCUAAUCAUGAUUCCCAGCCUUGUUUUUCUUCGUGCGGAAAAAUUUCCAACAUAACUCAUCCAUUUCGACUAAAAGACGACCCAGAACACUGUGGCGACAAUAGGUACGAGUUGGAUUGCGUGAAGAACGUUACUGUAUUGAAUUUGGAUGAUGGUGAUUUUUUGGUACAGUCAAUCAAUUACAACAAUUACACAAUCCGAGUUGUUGAUUCCAACAUUCAACCCACUAAUUGUUCCUCUCUCCCUCGCUUCUUCUUAUACUCGUACAAUUUCAGUUAUAAUGUUCCAUACCAGUACGGUAUGACUCGAUGGAAUUUCUCCGAUGACUACAUGAUGGAUAUUGAUUUAUCUAGGCCUGUAAUUUACAUGAAUUGUGCAAGUCCACCAAGUAACGUUACUGAUGGGUAUUAUACGGAUACCGCUUCCUGCGUCGAUCAACGCACGUACGUUAUUGUUGGGAACCCACAAUUGAGAAUAUUUAAAUCUCAAUGCCGUGUUAAGCUAGUUACCCUCACAUCCUUCUGGGCUCCGGUGGGAUCUUAUUCCGAAGAUAUUAUAGGUAAUGUUUCAUACAUUGAUAUUCACAAGGGGCUAACCUAUGGAUUUGAAAUUUCCUGGAUGCAAGCCUAUUGUCCUUGUGAUUAUGGUUGCUACUUCAUGUACCCCGCUGGCGGCAUUAAGAGUUCAUGUGGAUAUUGGGUAGACAUGGCCAGAAAUUUUCUCGAUUAUAUCGGUGGCAUUUAUGAAGGAUUUCGAAUGCUGAUAGGCACGAAUACGGGGGAAUUUAUAACAUAUCCUUAUAUCAGUUUUUGGAAUGUUGGAAUGUUUACAGGAAGGUAUGUUCUGCCAUACCUUGCAAUUAGAAAUAUGUUGGGCAUUAUACUUUUCUCUAUUAUGUUGAUCCAUAUAUAUCGAAGAAGACAUGCAUCAAUAUAUGAAAAAAUCGAAGAUUUUCUGCAAGGUAAUACUCUCAUGCCAAUAAGAUAUUCGUACAGAGAGAUAAAGCAGAUGACAAAAGGUUUUAAGGUAAAAUUGGGUGAAGGAGGAUAUGGAGAUGUGUAUAAAGGAAAGCUAAGAAGUGGGCCAUUUGUAGCCAUAAAGAUGUUGAAGAUAAAAUCAAAAGCUAAUGGACAAGAAUUCAUAAGUGAAGUUGCAACCAUAGGAAGAAUACACCAUUCAAAUGUGGUAAGACUCAUUGGGUUUUGUGUUGAAGGAUCUAAACGUGCUCUUGUCUAUGAAUACAUGUCCAAUAGGUCUCUUGAUCAAUAUAUUUUCAACAAAGAGGGAGUCAUAUCUUUAACUAACAAUCAGAUAUAUGAGAUAUCUCUUGGAGUGGCUCGUGGAAUUUCUUAUCUUCAUCAAGGUUGUGAUAUGCAAAUUUUGCAUUUUGAUAUUAAGCCUCAUAACAUUCUUCUUGAUGAAAAUUUUAUCCCUAAGAUUUCCGACUUUGGUCUUGCGAAGCUUUAUCCUAUUGACCAUAGCAUUGUAACUUUGACCGCAGCAAGAGGAACAAUUGGAUACAUGGCUCCUGAAUUAUUCUACCAAAAUAUUGGGGGAGUAUCGUACAAGGCCGAUGUAUAUAGCUUUGGAAUGCUUUUGAUUGAAAUGGCAAGUAGGAGAAGAAACUUGAAUACACAUGUAGAGCAUUCGAGUCAACUUUACUUUCCAUUUUGGAUUUAUGAUCAUUUGGCUAAAAGUAGGGAGAGAAAAAUGGAAGAUGUAAUCAUGGAGGAAAUUAAUGAUGUUUUGAAGAAAAUGUUUCUAGUUGCAUUUUGGUGUAUACAAUUGAGACCAAUUGAUCGUCCUUCAAUGAAUAAAGUAGUGGAGAUGCUUGAAGGUGAAAUUGAAAAUAUUGAAAUACCUCCAAAGCCUUUACUUUUUCCACAUGAAACGAUUCAAGAGAAUAUUGAUAUCAACUCAAACCAAAGUGUAUCAGAUAUAGGAUCUACCAGUUAUGUGGAGGAAAUUGUAACCAAUACUUUAUUAAAGUAUUGAGCUUAAUAAUAGUAAGUAAUUUACCUUAGAUUUGCACUGCUUUGUUGUAUUAUGGUAGAAUAUAUAUGUACUGUUUACUUUAUUUGUAAAAUAUGAAUUUGUUACUAUUAAACAUAGCAAAUAAGAAGGAUGAUGCAUAACUAUAUUUCCGGUACUGUCACAGAUUCAGUUA